AUGAGGCGAUCCCAUGGCUCUAUACCUGCCAAAGAUGCCUGUCGCGUCUGGUUGCAGCCAUCUCAGCAACGCCGAGUACUGAGUUCGGUGGUCGUCUAUCCAGGCUAUAGCUGGCCAGCUUCAACAUCGGCUUCGGCCUCGACGUCGACUACUUUUUGCCCUCCAUCGCCGUUGACAUUCUCAUACUUGAUUAGUUCUCCUUCAUCGUCCGAUUCCAAGGCAGCUCGAGCGAGACGGCCCCUUUUCGCGCUUUCGUAUUCCACCUCGAACCCAGCAUAUCCACUUCCGGGCUCCAACAACGAGAUCGAUCCCCGUGGCGUAGAUUAUUCUCUCUUCGAAGCGGAUGACGACGCAUAUAGCCAAUACUCAUCGUCCCAGACCAUCGCCGAUGGGACGUGCCACACAAGGAAGGACGACUUGCCCACUGCGAUGCCGGUUGAUACCAAUGCAGCGCUGUCUGCACCCACGCAGCUGCUUGUCCGACUCAUCCGCCAGCAAGACUUCGAAGCAGCCACAACUGUCCUCAACGAGCUUCUCACACUUCGCUCACCGCUCACUGAACCACUUCCCAUCUACUCCAACGCAGCAUUGUGGUCGAUUCGUAAUGGGAGAAAGAAGGACAUGCUUGCAUGGAUGCGUCUGUGCCCUGGUUAUAUCCCCGGUACUAAACAUCUCAACACAGCCUCUUCGGCCAACUCCACUACACAGGCCAGAUCGAUAGCAAACAAUUUUCGCAAGUGCUUCAUGCUCCUCCUCGAUUCAUACGGAGAUGAUCUUCGGUUGUUGCAGCAAGCAAGCAUGAUCGCCGUUCAAAAGGGAAUGUGGGGCGUGCUGCAAGCUACCUUGGCUCAAAUACUGAGAUUUGGGACUGGUCGCAUGGAAAAUUUGAACAUUUCGAACCCAGAAUUGGCCUGGCAGUACUUUCAUCGGCUCUUGCUUGCGAAUCAGAGUCAGAGGGGAUUAAAGGACGAAAGUCUACGAUCGGCUAUUUGGACUGCGACCAUCGAGCUGCGAUCGUUGUACAAUCUUGGUGUUCGAACGCUGACGCUGGCGGGAAGGUUGGACGAUGCGAUACACUGGGCGGAAAGGAGUGCCGAGGUCGACAAUAUACGUAGUCCGCUGGCAAAGAUCUUGAUGGUAGAGUGGUUCACCGAGAACUUGCUCAUGGAAGAAUUGGUCAAAGCGGGAAGUUACCAUGUGGAACAGGCUCGAGUGCUUGCCGAUAAACUGGCGAGCACGCCUGCAAGACUAGAAAGGCAUCGAGUGACCAACAUCGAUGCUGUCAUCGAACGUGUCAAUCGAGAGGCUGGAUUGAGAGCCGAGGAGAACGACUACUCGCAAAGACCAGCCUCGACACUCGACAGCGCUAUACAUGCUUGUCUUGAGCAAGGAGACAUCAUUGGAGCAAGAGAGCACCUUUUCUCAGUCCUCCGAUCAGCAACAAGAACACCGAGCCGAGAAGGCGAGUUCCUGCCAGGUUCCGAUUUCGAAACGCCCGACACUACCUUUGCCCAUCUACCGUCAGCGCGCAUUCUGUCAGGUCUGCAGGACAUGGCAUACAAGCUGGGCACUAUCGCCGUCACUUCAUCCCUCACCGAGACAGAUAUGCACCAGCUGCCCGAUAACGAAAGCCAAGACCCAUACUCAUCGCGAGAAUCCUUACCAGCAGAAAGCUUCCUCCGACCCAUUCGAGCACGGCUCUCCUCUGUCCGCGGAGGUCAAGGGUUGUGGGAAACGGCGAGGCUGUAUGGAUUUGUCAAGAAGGGCAAGUGGAAGGAAGCGUCGAAUUUCUAUACCGGCAAAACUGGGUUCAAGAUUCCCUCGGGAGGCAUUUCGAACGAGCUUGUUUCGCUAGCGCUCGACCAACAGGCACUGCCUCCGCCCGAAGGGCGAGAAGAAUUGGACAAAGCGCAAAGUCUGAGGGGUAAGCACUGGCCUUCUACGCACGCCAUCAAUCUGAUGCUGAAGGCACUUGUGGGUCUUUGUGUCGAUGCCAAGGACUAUACACGUCUGAAAAAGGUCUACAGUAUGUGGAAAGAGGCUUCUCUGCCUCGGACGAACUCGUCGGAGGAACUGGAUUUCGAACAAUGGCCACCGUCACAACGACCUAGCAGUUUCACUUUCGACCCAUUCAUUCGCGCUUUUGCACGACUCGAAGUCCAGAACCAAUUCGCAGCCGCCGAUGCAGCGAAUAGCGCUAAAGUGGAUAAGCAAGCCUGGGGAUCUAGUCAAGCGGUAUUGGAUGUUGUACGCGAUAUGACCGAGACCUUCCGCGUCCAGCCCAGCAUCAGCACCUGGACCAUCGCGUUGGAAUGUCUUGCUCGAGAAGGACGGGAGCGAUGGCAUUCGACUACUGAUGUGCUUGCGCGUGCUGUUGGGAUCAACACGGUAUCGGCCCUCUCCUCGGAAGUCACAUUGGCAGAACCGAUAACAGCAGCAUCUCCGACUUUCCCACCAGCGACACUGGGCACGUACACAGCACUUAUUCGCGCCCUCAUCCGAGUAUCACAUAAAGACGGAGGUAGCAUGGUGAAGCAAGCUUCAGCCGUGAGAGACGAUUUACUGGUGAGGACGCUGGAUCUGGACGUUGCGGUACGAUCCUUGGCGAGCAACAAGGAGGAAGACGAGUCGGAAUUUUGGCACGAUUUGAUGACGAGGUGGCAGGCCGUUCAGCAAGUUGUGGUACAACGCGGAGAAGCUGAAAGGGACAGAUGGAGUGCAGCAGAGGUGAUCAGAGCUAACCAGGGAAGGACGGUUGAGGCGUUGAGAGAGUUGUGGUUGUUGGAAUGCGCCCAAGCCGAGAACGUCGAAUCUUUUGAGUCAUCGUAA